GUCGGUUUUUGUUCACCAGCUAGUUUGAUGAAAUUUACAGCAACUAUAACGCGGGUGGCAAAUGACAAUUACCGGAGCGUUAUCGGGGUUUUAUGGGCAGAAUUUGGGCCAGGCACGUGUGGGAUGAAUGCCGAUGGGAUGGCGAGUUGUGGAAGGUGGUCGCUAAAAGAAAAGGUAGCGGAAAGGUGUGGUAGCAAUCGGUGAAAGUCGUCCUCCCUGGCGAGUGAGAAGUUCCGGGGGAGGGGAGAGAUUUACGGUGGAUGUCGCGGUUGAGUGCGACACGCGCAAUGGAGGGGGAGGAGGAGGCAGAGGAGAAGAAGGAGGAGGAGGAGGAAGAGGCGCAGUGGGGCAGGGCGAGUAGUGGUCCCAGGCUUAGGCGGUGGAGAGACAACCGAGAGGAAGUGGCCAGCUGGCAUUGCCCGAUAAGCGCAAUAGGGGUCGCCCAAAGGGGGCGUUUCAAAACACGCGACACGCACGUGACAUAUGAACACGUGAUAAGGCUGGUGGCGGGGACGCGGCGGCCCCCGCAUGGCUCCGACUCCGAGCUGCCAGCCUCAGCAUGGCACUGGCUGGCGGUGGUCCUCCCGCCUAGCCCACCAGCCUGGAGCGUGGCACGUUCCGCAUGUGCCCGUCAAGCGCACACCCGUCUCGCUGUACCGAAGUCUGCAGCCCUACCUUCUUUGCGUAUGCGCCACACGCAUGUUGAACCUUAAGUAUAAUUACAUGGUUGACAUAUACCUAUAUACAAGACGGCAGAUCACGUGAUA